AUGAAGGAGUUGCUAUCUAAGAGGAGAACUUUAAAGGGAGAUAAGAUAGUGUUCCUGACCAAAGAAUGUAGUGCCAUAAUUCAGAGUAAUUUGCCAAGGAAGAUGCUUGAUCUAGAGAGCUUUCAAAUUUCAUGCAACAUUGGGAGAACUGCCUUUGAGAAAGCCUUGUGUGAUCUAGGCGCAAGUAUCAAUUUAAUGCCCUUGUCUAUGAUAAAGAAGUUGCAAAUCAAAGAAGAACAACCAACAAGGAUAGCAUUACAAAUGGCAGAUAAAUCCUUGAAGCAUGCACAUGGAAUAGUGGAGAAUAUCUUGGUCAAAGUGGGUAUGUUCUUCCUUCCAGUAGACUUUGUAAUUCUUGACAUGGGGGAGGAUGAAAAUGCUUUUAUAAUCCUAGAAAGGUCAUUCCUAGCCACUGGAAGAGCUAUGAUUGAUGUGGAAGAAGGUGAAGUAAUGCUGAUGAUGCAUGAAGAGCAUUUAAUCUUCAGGGUUUUUAAACUCAUACAUCACUCAGGUGAAGAAGUCAAUUGUAUGAAGACUGAGUUCCAAAAACCCCCUAAUGAUGUAAAACAGAGUUUGCAGCUCAAGCCUUCUUUGGAACAGGUGCAAUUAGAAGGGAAUUCAGCACACUCUGGAGGAUGUUCAGUUCAGGUGUCUCGGCGCUAA